AUGACAGAGUUGGUGGCACUCGUGACGGGCGCCGCCUCUGGCAUAGGUCGAGCGGUGGCAACGAAACUGGCUACACGAGGGAUUUCUAUAGUGCUUGCCGACCGCGAUCAAACUCAGGGCUCCGCUGCCGCUGACGCGAUAGCUAAGCAGUAUCGAGUCCGCACAAGGUUUCAACGAGUAGACGUUACUCAGGAAUCGGAGGUCAAACAGCUUGUGACAGCCACACUCGAACUUACGGGAAGAUUGGACUAUGCGGCCAAUUGCGCAGGUAUAUGUGAGUCUAUCUGGGAAGAAGAAGAGAGCAUUACUACGGAGCUCUUUGACAGAACACACGCAAUAAAUACCCGUGGUCUUUGGCUUUGUCAAAAGUACGAAGCACUGCAGAUGCGAUCGCAAACCCCGCGGGACGUCGCCUUCAACCCGCCAACCGCCGCCCACCCGAUUCCUGGUCAACGGGGCUCAAUUGCAAAUAUAGUCUCAAUUUCCGGUUUACACGCCGUGGGACUAGCAGCAUAUACACCAAGCAAAUAUGGUGCAGCAGCGGUCACGAAGAACGGAGCUAAGUUUUACGGCCCCAGUGGUAUCAGGGUGAACGCAGUCUGCCCGGGCUGGACAAUGACAGCUAUGAUUGAAGAGAGUAUGGGCGAAGAGGGGAAGAUUGGAACGAAAGAGAACGACAACUCUCCUGUCAAUCAGAAGAUUGCGUUGCGCCGUAUGGCUUUCGCGGAAGAGCAGGCUAAUGUCGUGAGCUUUCUGUUAAGCGAUGAAAGCAGUUAUAUGAAUGGCUCUCUGGUGGUUAACGACGGUGGUUUUCAUGAUAUUCGUUGA